CUGCUUAUCCGUGUAUCAGAGGGGCCCUGGCAGCAGGUAGCACUCAGUUUUGCAAACUCACGGGAUCUUAUCAGGAGCUUUGUGGUCAUUGAUGGUUUUCCUGAAGUCCCAGCUCCUCAACCCAUGUGAUUCUCUGAGAAUCUCGGCUUAAAAAAACAGAUGGGAAGUUUCUGUCUCUCGUGGUUGCAGAGGAAAGUCUGAAAACACAGCCCUGGCAGCUAUGACACCAGGAGACAAAAAUAAUCUGAAAGGUAUUUUUAAAGAUCUCAUGGCUGCUAAGCCGAGCUCAUGGAUUGGGAUUGGCAAUGCUACGUCAUGCUGAGCUCUGGGCGAAGGAAGCAGUUGGAGUUUGCGUGGGUUCAGGUUGACUUUAUGGAGCUACAGCUCACUGUAAGAUGUCAGGUGCUGCAUGAACCUGAUGGGGUGCACUGUUAAACAGCUGCCACAUUCCACCCCAGAGACGGCUGCAUUUCAGUGACCCGUGAAUGCAGUGGUCUGUGAAGCAUGCUGGGAGGAAAUGUUCUCUGGAAAUAAGAGACACCCUUUCUUUUGCUCAGCAGAAAGCGCCGCCUCUUAAUCAUAAUAAAGUUUGCUACUGUUAUGCCAGCACUGAACCCUGGCAGGCUGCUACGUGCCGUGUCCCCGCCCCAGGGGACCACAGCAGUGGGGUGAUUGGCAGUGGGCUCUGCGUGUUCUCCAGAUACCCAAUCCUGGACACCUUCCUAUACCAGUACUCCCUGAAUGGCUACCCCUACAUGCUCCAGCAUGGGGACUGGUUCUGCGGCAAGGCUGUGGGGCUCCUCGUCAUCAAGAUCUGUGGGAUUAUCUUCCAUGUGUAUGUGACCCACCUCCUUGCGGAGUACUGCCGGGACAAGGACGUUUACCUCCCCCAUCGAGUGGUGCAGGCCUGGGAGCUGGCUCAGUUCAUACAACACACCUCGAAGGGAGCGGAUGUGGUGCUGGUCGGUGGGGAUUUGAACAUGCACCCCGAGGACGUGGGGAUCCGGCUGCUGCGAGGCUGGACAGGGCUGCGGGACUCCUUUGCCGACACAGAGAGGUUCGAGGGCUGCGAGGAUGGCUACACCCUGGUCCCAGCCAACUGUUUCAUCAACAAGGAGGAGCUGCAGCCCUUCCCGCUGGGAAUCCGCAUCGACUACGUUCUCUACAAGGGACUGUCUCACUUUGUGGUGAAAUGUGACAGCCUCAUGACCACCACGGGCACCGCCCCUGGCAAGAGCAUUCCCUACUCGGACCACGAAGCUGUUAUCGCUACGCUGUGUGUGAAGCCACGAGAGGAGGCCAAGGCCUCGAGCAGCAGCGCAGUCGAGCCGGAGCUGGUGGACGUGGUGAACGAGGCCCGGACAGAGGUGAGGGUGGGGCUGCACGCCGCCGAGCACCAGCGCUACUCCAAUGGCCGCAUGGCCAUCUUGGCCCUGCUCCUGCUGCUCCUGCAGGCGGCCAUGGGCCUGAGCUCCCUGGUGGGCUGGGACUCCCCGCAGCCCUUCCCCAAGUUCUCCUUCUCCCUGCUGAGUUUGCUGGCCACGGUGGUGCUGCUGCUCUCGAUGGUGCUGUACGUCUUCCACACCAUCGAGGUGAAGAUGCUGCAGGGGACGGAGGAGCAGAUGAGGCUGGCGCUCCAGGACAAGCUCAGCUCCAUGUAGGACAGCGGGCGGGGGGGGGGGGGGAAGUCAAGAGGCUCCUGGGCGCUCAGUGGAUGGCGCUGCCAGCUGGCGGCGACUGCCCUGGAGAGCAGGUGAAGGGCAGGCGGUUUCCUUUGCACUGGAUUGCUCCACAGACCUUUUUAUAGUUAACUUGAUUUUUAAACAAGCGGCAUUACUGAGCAUUUGGUAUCUUACUGAUUACAGCAGGUUUUCUAUCGCUGCCUUUUAGAGUUAAAUAAACUUUCUGAACAGA